AUGCUGCAGUGCUUGCUGCUCUUCUUCACGCUUGCCCGGGGACAGCACCAAACACCGGAUGAUUUGACCAAAGAAGUCCAAGAGGCACAGGAAGAGGUGUGUCAGCAAUGGCGCUCAAAUCGAUUGAGUUGGUCCUACAGCUGGCGAAGCAGCACUUACGACCUUAGACGAGCGCAGAUCCUGGAAAGCGUCCCAUCCAUUCCGAAGGCGAGACACCACCCGCGUGCUUUGACCGGGGAGGAUGUUGAAGGAUUUGCCGACUUGUGCCCGGAGUUCAACCUUGAGGACAUGUCCUCAGAUCCCCAAGUCUUGUUGGAGCUUCUGGAUACGCGGUGCAAUGCCGAAAUGAAAGCCCAAAGAAGCAUCCAAGAUGCAGACCUAGCGUUGGCACGGCAGCUGGCAGGGAGUGGCAAGAUUGGCAAGCGUUCCUCCGGAUCUCGGAAACUCUUUUAUCUCAGAGAUCCUAUCACGACUGAAGUGACAGGGCCUUGGCAGGGCCAAGGUGAGUCAAGGCAUGCAGAUUGGAAGUCUGGUGCGUCCGAUCUGGUGAUGGAAUCUGAGAUUUGGUGGACGGUGCUAUUUCGACAGCAAUCAAUUUUCUUGACACUGUCCAGCUUGCUGAAGGACCACUUCCUCGGCAAGGAGCACAGCAAUGACGUUGAAGACGACAUCAACGAGAGUUUGAAACCCAGCUCUCUUUCGCUUGCUUUCAUGGAGCUGUUGGCUGUCCUGAAGAUGCUGAUAACACGCACCAUCCCCGGUGACAUGGCCUUCUGGUGCUGUGGGCUCCUGGUAGCGGUCCUUUUCUGGACUUGUGUGAGACUGACGCGAAGGAUUCUGGGAGAGAGCCAGGCUGAUGGCCCGCCACCAGACCUUUGCUGUCCAAUGUCCCUGGAGCUGUUCACAGAUCCAGUGGUGGCUGCCGAUGGUGAGACGUAUGAGCGGUGGUGGAUCGAGAAGUGGAUUCACGACAAGACAGCAGCACUAGAAUGCCGACCACGACAUGGAACGGGUGUUCUGUCUCCCAUGGGCCAUGGAAUUCUGAAGCAUGCCAAGCUUGUCAGCAACCAGGCAGUUCGAAGGCUUGCCAACCAGUGGUCAAGCGGCAAGGCAAUCCAAGUGGUCUUCCAGACCUUCCAGCCGUUGCACGCGCCAUCAGUGCACGAUCACGACGCAGUGAUGUGCGCAUGGCGGCGCCGAUUGGAGUUCCAAGCUAGGCGAUCCUCAUAUAACCAGGAGGAGCUCACCGAGCUCACCAAGGAUAAGAGGACGGAGCUCCAGAAAAUACGCAGUCGUGUUGAACAUGACCUCUGCCAGCUGAGGCUGUUGCACCAGAUCAUGCUUCAACUUCACCGCAACGAUUUUAAGCCAGAGGCUCCGACUGGUACUGGACAUACUGCUCCCAUUGGACGGCCUUGCGGGGCAGAACUUGCAAGAACGAGUGUGUUGGAAGUGCAAGGGCUGCUCCUUCAGGCUGCUGGAUGGCAAGGUCUUUCCGAGCCUUUGGUCUUUGGCUUUCCCUCAGAUCUCAAGUUGCCAUAUGAAUCCAGGGAGGUGUUGCUUUCAAAGGCAAGCAGCUCGGCGAGCUUCCAGACGGCCACAGUGCUGUGUGAUCCACUUGCUGCACAGUUUGGGCCAUCUAUGCUGGGUGAUGAACGCUCCUUCCAGGAAGCAUUUCAAAAGGGUAACUGUUUCAGCCAGUUAGCAUUAAGAGACUUGCAGCCUGGAAGUGUUCCUUGGGAAUGUUGGCGAUCGAUCCCUGAAUGGAUGAGGUGUUCAAUGGUUGUGGUGUCCACGGGGCCUGGUGGCAAUGGAGUAGCUUUCCACAAGCAUGGCACUGCAUGGUUGGCCUUACAGCAGGGCCAAAAGAGGUGGUGGUUAUAUCCACCACGAGGUCCGCCAGCCACAGCCUAUGAUGCUGUGGCCCUGUGUCCGGCCGCGAAGCUCCCGGAAGUUGUACUGCGGCUUCCCGUCGAAGAUAGGCCCGUUGAAAUUGUUCAAAGACCGGGUGACGUGGUGUUUGUUCCGGCCCUUUGGUGGCAUGCCACCUAUGAUGAUGAGCCUACACUGGGAAUCGGCUCCCAGUUCAGCAUGGCUGAGGUGGACAUCUUGCAAUGCCAAGAACGGCAUCCAGACAGCGCUUUCGCGCAGUAUCAUGCGGCUUGUGAGCUCCACAAGGCAGAAGAACAUAGGGCCAGGGUAUUAUUUGAGGCUGCCAUUGAGAGCGAACCCUUGAACUUUUAUUAUGCAACCAACCAGGUUCUCUUCCAUUUGAACAUGGUCUUUCACCCAAAGCCCACGCUGGAGAUAAUACAGAGACUGAUGAAAAGAAUCCAGGAGCGCUUGGACACACGUCGGCAAAUGAUAGUGCAGCGGUUCUUCAUUCCAACUGUGUGCAAUUUCAUUGAGUGGCAUUUGCCCCAUGAUGGGCUUCUGAAAUAUUCAAUACAAGCCGCCGAGUGCGCAUGGGAUGCACUUCUGAGCUUAUUGCAGCCUAUGCUGCCUGGUGGAGAAGCUUUUCGUUUGAGUAGCAGUCUGCCAUGGCAGCUCUUGGGUGUUUUGGAAUACACAUCUCGGUGUUUCCAUUGUAGUGCGGUUGGACCAGGCAAGGCGGGUGAACCCGGAAGUGUCCGUGCGCAUCGUUUCUUCUGCUUCAGUUGUGCCAAAGUGCGUGACGGAGCACUGUGCCAAUGCGGUCGCAGCGGUCAAGAUGGUGUGCCCGGUCAAUUGGGACUGUUGAACGGACGUGCCCAGUGGUUUUGCGCCACAUGCUGGAGUGCAAGUCCAAAAAGGUACCAAGAGUCCCAGGUUAGAUGGAAGAUUGUAGAUUAG